AUGAAUUCGCUGGUCAAGUUGAACCAGUACAAAAAUUCCACACCGAUUGUAGACCUCUUUGCCAGCCAAUCCAAUCUGGUGCAAACGGUGAUCAAAGAUCUUGACCUGUGUCGAAAGGACAGCUUUAGCGUUGAAGAUUUGCUGGAGGAAUUUCCUCGCUAUGACAUGGCAUUCUCUGAGGAUGGGGUCUUAAAACAAGAGAUACCAAAUCAAGACCAAGGCGAGAGUUUUGCAGAAGAGUUGCCUAAUUUGCCAAUUGAUACGGGUACAAUAUAUGCCGAGGAAUGUACGAUUGAAGAACUACAAGAACUUACCAAAGACAACCCGGAUCUUUUGGUGACGGACAGCUCCGAUGACUAUCCGGUCUUCAAGAAGAACAAACCUCCCAUCAAAUCCAAGUAUGGAGGGAGAAAACUAGAUAAACCGCUACAGUGCCCCAAAUGCCCCUAUUCAACGUAUUUCAAACGUAACUUCCACACUCAUCAGGAGGUGCACAAGAAACGAGAGACUCGAGUGUACGCCUGUAAGGAACCCGGUUGUACGGAAGUGUUCAAAACUUAUCGAAAAUACAAGCGCCACGGACACCAAACGUUCAUCUGUGAUAAUUGUGGGCUGCGGUGCGCUUCGAAGGCUUCCUUGAAGGGCCAUUUGGCUCGUCAUGCGAUGAAACUGGAGCACAAGUGUCCCUACUGUCGACAAGGAUACAACACGAAAGAGGAUUUGCGACUCCACGUUCGACAUCAACACUUGGGCACAAUCAGCUAUUCGUGUGAAAUUUGCGAGAUGUCCUUCAAUAGGAAAAGCAUUCGGGACGGGCAUCUGUUGACGCAUGGAAAAUCUUUAGACUUUCCUUGCACAAUGUGCGACAAGAAGUUCAAAACGCACAAAUAUCUUCAAAAGCACAUUAACGGCGUGCACAAAAAGCUUCAAUUUACAUGUAGUUAUUGUAAUGCGGACUUCCGAACGACUUACUUGCGGAACAAUCAUAUCGAAUGCGUACAUGGGAUUCAAACUCGAUUCGUUUGUGGCGUGUGUGUGCAAACGUUCGACAGUCAGGACAAGCUGGACAGCCAUCGGGCCCGACACGAGAACCCACACGACCAGGAAUGUGGGAAGUGUUUGGCGGUGUUCACAUCCAAGGAUCUGCUCGGCAGUCAUCAGUGCAUUACGUAUAGGUAA